AUCGUAGCUCAUAAGCUCAAUGUCAAAUGCGCUUUAGGCGUUUAGGUAUUUGUUUACGUUUAUCAUUGAUUUGGGAUAAUUAUCAUGACCGUUUCAACAAUGAAUAAUUAAUUAAUUGGUUGCUCUAAGGUGUGCGAAUUAAAUUUUUUUCAGAUAAAAAUAAAUCCAAAAGCAAUGGAAGAUGAGGAAUCUGCAUCAGCGAAUUUGUGUAGAUACUUUGACAGUAGUAAACCCACUAUUUUUGAUGAAAUUGUCUCAUCCAAUAAUCCAGAUAUUUUCACAAUGAAUACGACUACGUUUAAUUUGCCCUCUGGGACACCAUCGGGUAAUAUUUUUGAGAAUGAUUCUCCGUUCGAAGAUCAAUCCAGCGAGCAUAUAUCCAUCAAUGAUUUUCAUCGCGAUGCUUGGAUUCCUUCUGACAAUACUCGAAAGACACUACGUGCAAUUGCUACCUCUGCUCACGGAGGUAAUCAUCUAGAUAGGGAAAAUCUGACGAUGCCCGGGCUUGCUUUAGACGAAGAAAUGUCAGAUCCUAUAAAAGAAGCUGUGACAUAUUUUUUAGGUGAAGAAGAGACGUUAAAUAGGACUGUCUCGACAUUGUCGGAUGUUACGCAGGAUGAGAGAGGUUUACGUUCCUUAAUUAAAGAAAAGUGUUAUAGAGCGGCGAUAAAUUUAUCUGGGAGACUUCUUGCGGUGUAUGGUCAAGGCUACGGAAGGAUAAAUCAUCCGAGUAAACACACACCCCAUUCUCUUCAGUUGUGGUUCACAAGAUUGGCACUGCUGACAAAAUUAAAGCAAACAGAAAUAUUGGAAACCGAAUCCACACCAUUUCAUAACCUCGACAAACCAGACAUGUACUUUAUAUUUUAUCCAGAAUUAUACGGUACAAGACCUGGUUCCAUGGCGUCAUUUGCAUUUAGACUGUUACUGGCAGAAAUUCCAAUGUACUGUGGCAAAGGGAAGCGUGCCAUUGAUAACUUGUACGCAGUCCUUGCUACGAUAAAAAAAAUUAUUCGCAAUUUAGAAAGCGGUUUGUCCGAAGAAGGUGGAAUCGCCAAGUUUAAUAAGGAAGAGAAAGAUAAUUCUAUUCGGCUGUGGAAGACAAGGAAAUGCAGGACAUUGGUAUCGAUAGUGAAUUGUGCCUUUUCAAUAAAAAAUUAUGUUCUCACGAGAGAAGUACUGGAGCAGCUUUUAAAUUCAUCCGAGUGGAAAAAGAGUCAAAUCGAGAUUCUUAACUCAGCCAUCGGUAGGCUAUAUUUGUCUUUAGGAGACGUUACAGCAGCUGAAAAACAAUUUACUAUGCUUGACAGGGACAAUAAAAAAAAUGACAUUAAAGAGCUUGUAAAUAAAGGACUUAUGGCAGUGGCUCAAAAUACUUUUCAAGAGGCAUUGAACUACUUUAAGGCAGCAUUAGAAUUUGAUCCAUCCAACGUAAUGCUACUAAAUAAUAUUGCAGUGUGCUUGCUUUAUAUAGGAAAACUCGAAGCUGCUAUAGAAUUGAUGGAAAAUAUGGUGACUGUGCAGAAUCCAGCGAAAAGCUUGCAAGAAGUCGUACUUUCAAAUAUUUGUAUACUGUACGAAUUACAUACAGCUCAUAUCAAACAAUCAAAACUUAACUUACUUAAGCAAUUAAAUAGGUACAAUGGAGACGCGUCAAGCAUUCAUUGUUUGAAACUCACCAUGUAAAAGUGGUUUUAAUGUAAAAAAAAAUUAGCUAGUAUUGAUAAAUUUUUAUUUAA